GCCCCGCCCACUUCCGGCGCGAGUCUUUUCCUGGUCUAGGCUGCCGGGCUCACUAUCACCGACCCGCCGACCGUUUGGGCCGUUCCCACCAUGGGCUCCGGCGGGGCUUGCGGGGGGACGAUGCGCUGGGGGCUGCCCCUCGGCGGCGCCACGCUGCUCCUGCUGCUCCUCCAGGCGGCCGCGGCGCAGGCGGCGCCCGGAUCAGCUUGCUCCCAGAGCACAAACAAGACCUGCCAAGAGUGUCUGAAAAACGUCUCCUGUCUUUGGUGCAACACGGAUAACACAUGUGUGGACUAUCCGGUGACAAAAAUCUUGCCGCCUGCUUCUCUUUGUAAGCUGAGCUCUGCACGCUGGGGCGUUUGUUGGGUGAACUUUGAGGCGUUGAUUAUCGCCAUGUCGGUGGUUGGGGGCCUCAUCCUCCUGGCGAUUACCACAUGCUGCUGCUACUGCUGCUACUGCCGAAAGAAGAAGAGCCGGAAGCCAGACAAGAGCGAGGAGAAGGCCAUCAGGGAGCAAGAAGAGAGGAGAAUACGGCAGGAAGAAAGGAGGGCAGAGAUGAAGUCAAGGCAUGAUGAAAUCAGAAAAAAAUAUGGUUUGUUUAAAGAAGAAAACCCAUAUGCCAGGUUUGAAAACUGAAACACACUCCUGCUGUGUCAAGUCCCACAGGCGCUCCUAGGGACAGCAGGCUGCAGGCCUGGCCACCCCCGUCCUGCCUGCUGACCUUGAUGGAGUGAGCCUGAUGCAGCUGCCCUGAAUGUUGUCCGUUCUUGUGAGCUUCUGUGCCCUUUCCUGUUUCUGUACUUAGUCACUUGAGAUAUUUAAGCCUGUGCACGUGGGGGAAGGCUGUUUUUGUUUUUGUUGUUAAUUUGAGGAGGAAUCAUGCACAUUCCACGUCUCAGUUUGUAAGCUGAUUGCACACCGACAGCCACAACACUAACGCCAUCCUCCUGCUGCAGCGGCUCAGACCUUCUUCCCAUCCACCCACUAACAGCUCCACACCACAGCCGGGAGAGUCAUCUCUGUGAGUGACGUGAGAGGGUCGGCCAAUCCCUUGUCAUCUCCCCCUGAAACCACAGGUGCGGGCCUCGAGUCCCUCUGCCCUGUCUCCCAAAUGUUAAUUCUGGUGGCUUUCCGAGUCCAGGACACAAUGUCAGUGACCCUACUUCCUAGGCUGUGGUUGCAUUGAAGAACAUGGAAGAGUGAACUCAUUGAAAACCUUUUU